AUGGCGCAUGAUGGCUCGGAAAGACAGGAGAGGCAGGCCCGAGACCGAGGGAUGACCCGAUCCAAGGCUGAGAAGGCGCGACCGCCCACGGUGACCGUGCCACAGGUGGAGAUCGUGCCUGGGCGGCUUAAUGAGGCCGAAUGGAUCGCGUUAACCGCUAUCGAGGAGGGCGAGGACGUAGUGGGGGACAUCCUGGCGGAUCUGCUGGCUCGAGUCAUGGAUUCCGCCUUCCAAGUCUACCUGACCCAGCAGUGCAUUCCAUUUACCAUCAGUCAGGCCCGGGAAGCCAUGCUGCAGAUCACUGAGUGGCGCUUCCUGGCUCGGGACGAGGGAGAAUCAGCAGUGGCUGAGGACCCCACAUGGGGCGAGGAUGAAGAGCCCCUGGCGUGCACGACCGAUGCUUGGGCUCAGGGCUCUGUACCCGUGCUGCACACACCUGCCUCGGAGGUUCUGGAGGAGAACUGCCAAGUUGAAGUAAGCCUCCUUCCUAGGCUUCCCUUUCUGACCUCUCACCAUCCCGGUGCAUUUCCCCAGGACCUGGAGAACCUGGACCGGAUCCCUUUAAGAAGAUCGUGGCCUGGAAGAGCCUCCCAAGAACUGACGGAAUCUCGGGAGCRUUCUCUGAGUGUCACCUUGGGUCCCCAGCCCAAUCCGGAGCUGUUUCAGGAGGCAGAGCUCGGGGAUACUCUGGAGGAACCUGAUCGUGGGGCAAGAAGCCACUCUUCUUUGGUUGGGUUCUUGAAUGGGAGUGUACCGUCAUUGGAAGUGGAACUUGCAGAGAGUCCUCGUCCUUUCCUGGAGCUGUCCCAGGUAGCCCUUCCCCCGGCCUCUGUGGGGAGCCAGAGCCCACAGCACCUCAGGUCCCCCCUGUCGCUGGAGGACUUCUACUCUUGCAUUUCCCAACCAGACGCAGCUGGGGACCAGUUGAAGCGCAAGACCCAGGCGAUGUCCCCCAAUGCCUCAGGCGUGUUAGUACCCUUCUCCUCCAAGGGCGACACCAGUGCCCUCAGUGCAUCAGUGUCCUCCCAGUCGCAGCAGUCUGUGUACUUGGAUUCACGGCGUGGCGCGCUUCAGUCCAGGGUGGAUCGCAAGGCAGCCGAAGUGCGCUUGGACCCUGCGCGGCUUCCCCGCCACUGGGUGCGCCCCUUGGCUGAGGUCUUGGUUCCAGACUCCAAGGUUCACCCCUUGGAAGCCUACCGUAAGCGUCAGCGGGGAAAGAUCCAGGCCCAGGUUGGACUCCAAGCCCCUGGCCCCCAUGUCCCUGCAUCUCUGGCUGCGUUCUUCCCUUUACAAUCUGACGUUCCUUUCCGUGCUGUGAGCCCAGAACCCAGACUCCAAUUACCCACUUUAAACUUAGGCCCACCAUCACUAUCCUUUGGGUCGAAGCUACCUUUCCCAAGCCCUGGGAUUCAUUUCCUUGACACACACCCGGCAGUUGUUGAAGCUGCUCAUAGGUCCAGCCCCAGUGUGUGGCCCAGAGCCAAGUGGCCCAGUGGCUGGGAGAGGGAGGCUGACCUGCUGGGCAACCUGUGGGCUGGCCGCACCCGUGUGCCCCCACAGGGCCUGGGGCUUGCUGAAAAGGAAGGCCAGGCUUCUGGAUGGCCCCAAACAAUGCCUCAGGUCCUUGAGGCUACAUCCCAGGUAUUCUGGAAGCCAGUGUUAGUGCCAGAAGCAGUGAAGUUGACUCCUGGUGUGAGCAUGUGGAACCGUAGCACCCAGGUGCUGCUUAACUCUGCUGUGUCCCAAGAGGAAGCCAAAGAUGAAGGAGGCACCUCUCCUGCAGUUGAGCAGCGCCCCAUCCAGAAAGGUGUGUCCAAACCUCAUGUGACAGCAGAACAGCUAACAAAGAGUGCAACUCCCAAAGUGUGGCUGCUCCCCUCAAAGCCCAUGCCCCAUUCCGGUUCUUGAACCUCUGGCAGUGGGAA